UAGAGGAAGCAGACGCGGCUAAGCUCCGGAUUUCCUGUUUUGAGCUCGACUGCUGACUGGUAGAAAGGAGUAAUACUCGGAAGAUAGUAAAACUACCCAAUGAAACCGGAGUAAAAGUUCACCCAAAAUGAGCUGGAUCCCCUUCAAGAUUGGACAACCAAAAAAACAGAUUGUCUCUAAAACUGUUGAAAGAGACUUUGAGCGAGAAUAUGACAAACUCCAAAAGCUGGAGGAUCAGACGAAAAAGCUUCACAAAGACAUGAAGAAAAGCACAGAGGCAGAUUUAGCCAUGUCUAAGGCAGCAGUGAAGAUUUCCGCAGACCUCUUGAGUAACCCGCUGUGUGAGCAGGAUCAGGCCUUCCUGGACUCUAUGACUGCUUUAGAUACAGCCAUGAGAAGGAUGGAUGCCUUCAACCAAGAAAAGGUGAACCAGAUCCAGAAGACUGUUGUCGACCCUCUGAAAAAGUACAGUAGUGUCUUCCCCAGCCUUAACAUGGCAGUGAAACGUAGGGAACAGACGCUGCAGGACUACAAGCGGUUGCAAGCCAAAGUGGAGAAAUACGAAGAGAAAGAAAAAACGGGGCCCGUGAUGGUCAAACUGCAUCAGGCAAAAGAGGAACUCCGACCGGUCAAAGAUGACUUCGAGGCCAAGAACAAGCAGCUCCUGGACGAGAUGCCCAAGUUCUACCAAAGCCGCAUCGACUACUUCCAGCCCAGCUUCGAGGCUCUCAUCCGGGCACAGGUGGUCUAUUUCACCGAAAUGUACAAGAUUUUCAGCGAGUUAACAGACCAGAUCGACCAGGCAGGGUUGACUGAUGAGCAGAGGGAGAGGGAGACAGAGGCCAAGCUCACCGAGUUGCGUGCUCUGUCCAUUGUCGCCGACGACUGAGUGAGGAAAAUACAAAAACGGGCUCUUUUCAUGCCUCUCUGAAUGGAUUGCACUCUCUUCAAGCUCCUCCAGAGUUCAAACGGACAGCAGUGACCUAAACCUGAUUAUCCAUUUGUUUCCUUGCGGCCUCAUCCCCACCCCCAAUUGCUCUUGCACUACACCCUAAUCUUUCAUCAUCUCAGCAACUCAAAGCAGCUGAAUGCCACAUUAACUAAGCCAUCAGCCAAGUGCAACAUUAUAAGCCAAUAUGUUGUCGUUUAUUUUUAUUUUCUUUUAGUAAAGGAAUCAGACAGAUCUUGUCAGAACUAAUUAACAAGGUUACGCUUCAUGGUUUCAGAGGUAUCUAUAACCAUUUGUUUCUAAUGUGUAAAGUGAGCAAGGAAAUGUUUCUAUUAGUCACAUCUGCCUUGUUGGCAGCAGCGUGUGAAAUAUAGUUUUAUUAUCCAACUUUGAAAUUACACUGGAAGGUGUUAUGUAAUGUAGUGUAGGUUUAAAAAAAAUCUCAAUUUUGGUCUUUUCUGGUAAUCUGAGUUUAGCUCUGUGCCAUUCUGUGUGAGGGCUUUUUAUUGGGGUUCAUCAGAACACAUUAGCUCACCUGUGAUAACAUGUCUGACUUUGGAUAUAACAUAAAAAAAAAUU